AUGGUAUCUUACUAUCCAAAUGAACAUAGUCGGUUUUCGUGGAUCAACGAAUCUUUGCCACUUCCUGAUGUUACUCCUGGACAAUUGAAAACAUGGAUGACAGUAACCGCGAUUUGUCACAAUGUUGCGUUUGUUGUGGGAGGAAUCAUGUCGUUUACUUUGUUAACGUUGAUCUUGCUUUACACUCCGAAGACACUGAAGAAUUAUAAACCCAUGUUACUUAUAUCCUCUUCUUGUGACAUCUUUUUUUGGUUCUUCAUGUCCAUGGUUCAAGCGGUAAGACUCUUGUCAUUUUUAGGUUUUUAUUUUUUUAAUCUUUAGGGUGUGUUUAGGGUCACGACAGGGGUGAUUUUAGUGGAUACGAUCAUUCAAAAAAGUUUCUUAAAAAAACUGUUUGGUAAUGUGUAUAUUUUGAACUUUUAUAUGUGAUUUUACAGUGCGGUAACAUCAAAGACAAUGUAGUUGCAAUAAAGCUUAACGGUCUGGCUAAAUGGUUCAAUUACGACCAACAAGCUUUAUGUAUGGGACUAAGCAGUAUUGGAGUGGCAGCUGCAAUUGCAAUAUUACCAGUAAAUUAUUAUUACCGUUACAUUCACAUGAAACAGUAAGUAAUUUUACAAACACUCGACUUUGGUAAAUAAAUGAUUAUAAUUAUUUUUUAUUAAAUAAAUAUAUACUUUUUAACAUUCAGUAGCCAACAAAAUCGGACUUGGUUACAUAUAAAAAUGGCGCUCCUGUACGCAACAGCAUUCAUUAUCUCCUGUGCCUAUGGAACCCUAGCAUACCUUAGUUUUACGCAUGGGCCACGGGUAGACUUCAACUAUGCUAGUCUUUGGUUCGAUCCCAGGUCUGGGCCGACUAUCUUGCCAGUUGACAUUGUAAGUUAAGAAUAAAUAAUACUGUCAAACCUAUUUAGUAUGAAACUCAAGGGACUGGAUCGGGGUAGAUUAGACUCAAGAAACUACUCCAGAAAUGUAAGAUGAUUUUCACACUACCCCGGCAUCUUUUGAUUGGAGUUAUACAGAGGGUUACACUAUCAAAGGUCAUACUACCGUGUUUUUGCUAUAGAUUUUAUCAAAGUUAAAAUACGUUUUCUUAACCUCAAGGAAGAAAAAUGAAAACGUUUUGAUAAAACUCUUACAAAGGGAGGCCACAACAUUACAAUGCCAUUUUUAAUAUGACACUUUGUUCUUUUCAGAGAAGCAAUGUUACAAAAUUAUUCAUUUUUCUGACAUUAUUUGGAUCCGCGACUUUCUACUUGAUAGCAAUACUAUUCGGUCGAUUGACAAUGCGGUUUUUGGUCCACAAUAUGAGCUCAUUUUCAAACAGAUCUUUGAGAAUGCAAAAGCAGCUCAGUAGAACUUUAAUGUUGCAGGUAAUAACCCAAUAACACUUGAAUAACUGUUGCAGGUAAUAACUCUAAUGGUCUAACGUAAUCUUUGCUGUUAAAAAACACCAAUGAGCAAUUGUAAAAUACGUUUCUGUAAAACAAUUUUGAGAUAUUUUGCUGAUGAAACAAUUUUAGGCAGCUGUACCAAUCUUGAGUUCGGUUGGUCCGUGUGCUAUUGUGGGUUACUGUACUUUAAAAGGCGCCGAUGCUGGAAUGAUUAGUCUUGUAAUCUACAUCUUCUUCUACUGGAUACCUAUCCUAACCCCGUUAUCGACUAUAAUUACUAUCAAACCGUAUCGAAUGGUCUUUGUUAAUAUGGUUAACAAACCGUUUUCUGGAUAUGUAGUCUCAUUUACAGGUUCUACAGACAGUUAA